AUGAUUCGUCAUGAAGAGACAGGUCACAGAGCGGGAGCCGCAAGCGUAGAACGGAUAGACGAAGAGAGUCUCGUUUCGAUGAGAGGGCUCCGAAGCAGCCGAGACAUUCCUCUAGUGAUCGUGGAACGGCUGUUAUUGACACUGACUAGACUGCUGCCUCCAUGCUUUCUAAGAUCACUCUUCCCAGCACUCGCUUUCCUCCUCCCGAUACCCUCCAGGGCGAAGGGAGCUACGCCGAGAUGGCUCGUCACGGAGUCUAGGCUAGAAGACUAUUUUGCGAAGCUGAGGGCAUUUGAAAAGCAAGAGGCGAAUAUGGAGCAUGUCAUUCAUAAGGCGAGAUGCGAGAUGACAACUAAGUUCCAGGAGACCCUUACUUGUAUUGAGAGCAGUUCGAUGUCGUUAAGCGGGCUAGAGAGAGGAGUUUCGACCUUGCUCAGGUCGAGGGUAACCUACAGCUCGUCCAACAGGUUUGGAGUGAGACUCCUCCGGAUCUUGAGACCGAGGAGGAAGAUCUUAUCGCGGCGGUGUCUGAGACGGAAAGAGCCCAUCAGAUGCUUACAGACGAGGUGGCAAACCUUAGGAGGAUUCUUCGCGCCCUCCUGGUUGGGCUGGAUGACGGUGAGCGUAUCGAGUUAG